CUGAAGGCGAGCUUUUCUACGGGGGAAGUGUGUAAUGGAGUCGUAUCUGAUGAUGAGGAGUCCAAUCAAAAUCUGAGGGAGUUGAAUCCCAUCGGAUCUCGAGCUCUCUCACACGACAGCAUCUUUAUCCCGGAGGAGCCGGUGACCGAGCCCGGUCUGGAUCACAGCAUGUCCCAGGAAAACGUCUCGGAUAAAGUUAGGAAUCUGCAGAAGCAGAUAGCACAAGGUAUAAAGUUUGGCCAGAGGCCUCCUUCUCUGAGGAAAAGCGAAGGAGAUGAGGGAAGUUCAGAUGAGGAGGAGGUUCCCCGGAGUCCUCUGAAGGUUCUGGCCCAGGUAGAAUCUGAGCCAGCAAACACAGAGCCAAAGGUAACAACUUAUUCACUUAUUCUGAUGAUGUUUUGCACUCCAGUAAAGUCCCCGAGGUCCAAACGAGUUCUUCCACCCACCGGUACCAUCGAGUCCAUCAAUCUGGAUGCUGUUCCACAGUCUGUUCCACGCUUAGACAACACUGCUGCCAAGCAUAAACUGUCGGUCAAACCGAAAAACCAGAGGAUUUCCCGCAAGCACCGGCGGUUUACACAGGACCUCCAAGAGGUUUCUAUUCCUGGUGUGGUGCAUGAAGACCUCGAGGGUGCAGGCAUCUCCACAGUCGACCAGCGCAGAGCAUCUGCUGAAGAAUCCCUGGAAAGCUUCAAGAAACAGAGACUCCAUGAGGAGGAAAGACAGGAGACGAGGAGGAGGAGGGAGCUGGAGGAACAGAGGCUCAAACAGGAGGAAGAGGAGAGGAGGAAGAGAGUAGCAGAGGAGCUGAGGCUGCGUGAACUAGAGGAGGAAAGGUGUCGUAAACAGCGGGAGGAGGAAGAACGUAUGCUCAGAGAGGAGGCAGAGAGGAGGAGGAGGGAGGAAGAGGAGAGAAGGAUCAGAGAGGAAGAAGAAAGGAGGCAGCGAGAGGAGGAAGAACGGAUGCGGAGGGAGGAGGAGGAAAGGAGGAUGCGAGAGGAGGAGGAACGCCGACAGCGGGUGGAGGAGAGGAGACGACUGGAAGAGCAGAGGAGGAAGGAGGAGGAAAGACGGAAGAGAGAGGAAGAGGAGGAAGAAGCGAGGAGGCAGCAGGAGCUUGAGGCCGAGAAGAAGAGGAAGCUGAGAGAGGAAGAAGAGGAAAGAAAGAAAAGGGAGGAAGCAGAGAAGCUGAGGCUGCAGGAGAUAGAAGAAAAGAAAAAACUGGAAGCAGAGGAGAUGAUGAGAAAGGAGGAGGAGGAGCAGAGGAGGCUGUCAUUAGAGGAGGCUGAUGGCUGCUCAGAUCCACAGGAGAGGAAGAGGAGGGCUGAGGAGCUACGCUGGAGGGAAAUGGAGGAGAGACAGAGGCCUUUCUCCUUCAAAGUUUCCUCUGGAGAAAAACAGAUUUUAUUCCAGAAGGUUAACCUGACGCCUGUUACGCCGGCCUCCAGCCACCAGGGCGGUGCUGUAGCUGAACAAAAGGAGAGCGCUUUGGCCGCUUCUUCUGAAGGACCAGACUCCCCAAACCUGCCAACAUCUCCAUAUGUCCCCCACACAGCCAUCUUAGUGACAGGCGCCCAGCUCUGUGGGACAGCUGUCAAUUUAGACCAGAUCAAAGACACCGCCUGCAAGUCACUGCUGGGUUUGGGAGAGGAUAGAAAGGCCCAGGGAACACCGCCGACCAAGAGCAAGACUUCACCGGACCGCAAGUCUGGCAAAACCAAAUCACUCAAUGAGACCUCAUUCUCUGCAGACCAAUCUGGUGCAGCCGUCCUAGCAGAAUGGGCUAGCAUCAGAUCAAAGAUAUUCAAAGGGGUGGAAGACGGAAAAUAUGAUGAGUACCCAGACCCGAGCAAGACCCAGCCCCAGCCCAGCAGUGAAGACCCACCUGCGUUCUCCCACACGAACCUCAGGAAGACCAUGUCUGCCAGCGCCAAGUUCUCCAUCACCCCUGCGAAGAAGAAAUUUGGAGAUUCAAACAGGAACUCUGAGGUGUUUGGUGCGGAUGAAAAGGAUGCAGCAGAGGAACUGACUCCAUCUGAAAGCCCCACCGCAGCCUCCCCAGCUCCAACCAGUAAACCUCAGAACAGGACGAGUAAAACUGUCCGCAUCGUAGAAAGAGGGUCAGAGGAAUGUAUGUUUGCCAAAGACCUCCCCUCUUUCCUGGUUCCCAGCCCAGGAGCCAAACCUGAGGGGCCAGAGCUGAGGAGCAGGGCUCAGAGUGAGGCAGAGGUGUCUGAAAGUAGAGAGGAGGGAGAGGACCGAGGCCCGGAUGGCGAGGACAAACCUUCACCUUUUGGCAUAAAGCUAAGGAGGACCAACUACUCCCUCCGUUUUCACAGCGAACAGUCCACUGAGAAGAGGAAGAAGCGAUACAGUGCUGGAGACAGCUUUGAUGGUGUCCCCUCACCUCUCACCCCCAUUGAACCAGACUCUGACGCUUCCUCUGUCUUUUCUGACAAAUCGACUCCCACAUCACCUCAGAAAGAAGGCGCAGUCGGCAAGUAUUUACACGCAUCUGCCUCCCCCGCCGUCCCUCGGGCUAAACCAGGUAAGUCUGCACACAGUGAAGGUGAGAAAGUGCUCUCUAAGCCACCGCUCUACCGCAGACCAACCACGUCGCCCAAACCUGCUGGAGCAGUCCCCACGCCUCCCCCGUCGCCGCUACCUAAAGUGGCCCAUGGUCCGCCCGGCGAUGCCGCCAAGCAGAGGACAGCGGCCGCAGAGGCAUCCAGCCAGGAGCAAACGAGCAGGAGCGAGGACCCUUCAGCGGUGGCCCAGUUGCACCGGAGCAGCCAAGGCCAGGUCCAAGUGGAAGAGGAGCCGAAGGAGAAGAGAUCCUUCUUCCCCUCCAUUAACAUCCCCUGGAGAGAGAAGGUGGACAGAAAGACGGAGCUCAUCAGGAGAGAAAAGCCUUCGCUACAGAGCAGGCACUCGCUGGACAGUUCAAAGGUCCAGGAGAAGGAGGCCGGGCCCUUGUGGAUCACGCUGGCUCUGCAGAAGCAGAAGGGCUUCAGGGAGCAGCAGCAGAAUCGAGAGGAGCGUCGCAGCCAAAGAGAGGCCAAACUGGCUGAAAAACAAGCCAGAGACAGUGUUACACUGGUGAGCCCCACAGAGAGCAAAGGAAGUGGCAGCACCAGUCCUUCCUCUAAACCUCAGACCCCAGAGGAGCCCAAGAGACCCGACAGCCUCCUGGGACGAUUUGAGCGCCGCGAACACCUGAAGAAAGCCAACACUUUACCCAGCUCUGUCACUGUUGAGAUCGCAGACUCUACACCGUCGCCACCUGCUGUCAAGGAGGUGUCAAAGCGCUUCCCUUCCAGUGACUCUCCGCAGGUGUCCACAGAGCCGGCGUGGCUGGCCCUGGCCAAGCGAAAGGCCAAAGCCUGGAGCGACUGUCCUCAGAUCAUCAAAUAACCCCGUGGCCCGUCCCGCGUCGAGACUGCACA